CCUUAAGGUCUUCUGUAACUUAGUUUUCAAGACCCUGCCUUGGAGCCCCAGCCUGGAGUGGGCUACCUGAUUUUAAUCUUAAUGUAUUUGCAAAUAAAGUUUGUAAUUAACCCAAAAUACCUCAACACUUGUUCCCUAAGGCUGACGUACUGUGUGUUAAUGAAGCCCAUUUCUUCAUAUGGUUAUUUGCGAUUUUCUUAGUGUUCAGUAUUCCUAAGUCAUCUUAAAUGACUCGCAGCAGAUUUGUUCAAACCUGACACCGUCGUUGCAUAUGUUGCUUAGCUUUAUUUUCUCCCAGAACAUUUCCUUUUCUCGUGCCUCCUACUAAAGGAUUUGCAUCUUAGCAAUGUUCAUGGUUCAGGGUCAUUAGUAGGUAUAGCUAGUUCAGGAAAGAUUGGGGCCCUCUGCGUGUUAAUGAGUUUGGAGGUCCAUCUCAAGACCACUACUGUGUGGAAGUAUGACAGUGAGAAGUUGGGGGUCAGUUGAGUCUUGUGUUUUCCUGUCUUUGAAGGUAAGUGGCCUUGAUUGCACAGGGGCCAGGGUUCCCAUGAUGUCUAGCACUGGGCUCUGAUCAUUCCUGAGGACACAGUGCUCUCCAGGACCUUUGACACCUGGGGGUCUGAGGAACCCUGGUUUUGAUGGUCUGGACAUAUGAACAGUUUCUUCCACACCCUCAUCAAGUCCUUCCUAUGUUACAGGUCUACCUUCUAGCUGAGGGGUUACCCACCAUCAUCCCGUCUUGGUGGCUUCUCCAGGUGUCCUGCUGCCCAGCUUUCCCUCCUGCUGUGGCCAUGGCUGAGAGAGUGCUGGCACCCACCCAGAUGGGCCGGGGAGACCGCUACUAUACAUAUACUGAGCUCCUGGCCAUUUCUCGGCGCUUCAAGCAGAACCCCAACGAGCUUAUGAUCACCUGGAUCCUGCGGGUGUAUGACCAGGGGGGCCCAGCUCUGUCCUUGAAUUCUGGGGAGCUGGCACUGCUGGGUGACCUAACCCAUGAUGCCAUCUUCAACUACCACUGCAAGACGCUGCGGGGUGGCUGUAAGACACUGCUCACCUGGCUACUACAGGCCUGGCGCCAGCGCUGGGAAUCCUUCCUGCACUUUGAGGCCACUGAACUGCCUUUCCGUCCCUGGACCACUAUGGAGGAGGGCAUCCAGCUGGUGCGUGAGCUGGGCAUGCUCGACUGGAUCUACCGCGAGCUGCCUUCGCCACUCUCACCUCCUGAGCCCGAGUAUGCAGCGCCAGAGGACGUGCCUUUCACUCAGGGCCUGCAGAGACGCCUGCUUACAGCUGCGCCCUCAGAACUGCGGCUCUCACUGGUCAGCCUGCUGGUCAAGGGCAUGACCGUGCUGGAGGCCGUGAUGGAGAUCCAGACAAUUGCUGAUGUGGGUUUGCUGUGGCGCCAGAGCCAGCCAGGCCGUGCCAAGCUCAUGCUGGGGCCUAACCCCACACGCAAGGACCUCACAGGCUGGCUACUCAGCCAUGGGGUGCCCAGGGAGAGAGUGGAUAAGCAGCCCACCAAGGUCCUCCUGGAGCUGUACAUCAAAGAGGCCAAGCGCAGCCGCAGCCAGCCAGUCUAUGGGCUAGGAGAGGAGCAGCCGCCUCCACCUCCCUACUCUGACCAGGCCUGUGGGGAGGAGCCGCCCAUACUCCAUGACUAGCCCCUUCCAGUGGGUGGGGUGGGAGGCCAAACUCCAGAAGAGCUGCUUUCAGCCCAGAGCUCAGGGAGGACCUUUGCCUACACCUUUCCCAUGUAUCUCAAGCAUUUGUAGGUCAUGUUCAGAGACCCUAAAAAAGAAAGGGGUAUCUUGUCCCUGGCUACUCCAUUUGUAGAGAUGUUAAGGGAGUAGCUACAAAAACAGCCACUUGCCCAACUGGGCCUUGGAGUGCGUUGUGCCAAUUUGUUCAUCUUGGCCUGGCUGCAGGGUGAUUGGGCACAGUAGUGACUCAUCCUCUGCCAUUUGAGCCAAAAGCACUAGGGGCCAAUUGAAUACCCCAUAGCCUAUAACACCUGGCAUCUUUUUACUUUUUAGGUUUUAGAGGCAAUAUUUUUACUUAAUAUGUUAAGCAUGUGUGACAUUUUGGUUUUAGUGAAGGUCAUUGCCUUUUCUAACUAUUGUAAUGCUUCCAUUUUAAGGUGUGCUUUGCUGAGUGCCUCCCAGGGAGGGGCAGCCAUCCCUCCAGGUGGGUCUGGUUUCUCAAAUUUGUACAUCUGGCCUUGGGCCAGUGUCUGAGGUAGGUUUAGGGGGAUCUGAACCAGGAUCACAGGUCUGGGGACAACUGGUGCUGUUUUCAUAGGUACCCAAUAAAUGGUACACAUAUCA